UACAUAAAAACAAAUCCUCAGUAGCAGUUAACUAGCAGAAGGUGUUGUAAGCAUUUUGUGUUAUAUACGGAAACGCAUACUUUUGAAUUUUGUGAAAGUGCAUAUAAACGAAAUGACACAGAAAUUGUUUAUAUUAGUUUUAAUAUUUUUGUUAAGUGCAGAGCACCUCACAUUAGCCAGCAUAAUACGUGUGCGGCGCAGUGCUGAAAAUUAUGGAUUCGUUACAACGGAAAGACCUGAUGAGAACUCCUUGGAAGACAGUUUCAUCAGCAGUGCCACCCGAAAGCAAUUCGAACGCGAAGCUUUGAAUGAGACGAAGACCUUCCUAGAUAACCUGUUCCGUUCGCAAAUAGAUUAUUUCAGCAAAGUCAAGGCUUUUCUUCCGCCCACAGUUAAGCGAGUGGCUGACAUUGAGAAGUAUAUUGAGAGAUUGGAGAAGGCCAUAUUGGCGGACUCUGUGCAAGACAAGGACAAAAUGUGGCGCGACACAUUUGUGGAGUUCAGUGACACUGCCUUCCUGCUGAAUAAUGAAAAGGAUACUGGCGUAUCAAAUACACGUUACCUCGAAGUUCUAAACGAUAGUGGCCUGGAGGAGACGACUAAGAAGUUCCUAAGCGAUGUGUCCGUAUAUUUCUUGAAAAUGGCAAAGGCGAGUGGAAAAGCCAUGGGAUCAACUAUCGACGAACAGAUUGAGAAAUGGCAAAAUAAAUGAAUUUGAAAAAAAUAUAAAUUGCGAAAAUUAAUUUGAAAAAAGUCUGAGACUAAACACUUUGUUGAACGAAGUACAAAAAGAAGAAAGUUUUUCAAAAUAUAU